AGUCAAAACAUACACACUGCAGCAAAGCGGCAUGGCGGUUCUCGUGGGGUGUAGAGUCCUUUUUCAUGCUUUUCGACCCCCAAUGACGAACCUCGACGGCGUUUGUAGAUUGCAAGAUGUUAUGCAACAUGUCCUGGUCAGGAGAACUCAACAUGCACGCCUGGCAUCGAAUAGUGUGAUGCGACAAUACAGCUCCGACGCUAAAUCGGGGGAUGACCUAAGCGUUAGGUAUUUGGACGGGGAUGACUCAGGGAUUGUUGUUUUCGGAAUCAAUCGACCUAAAGCUAAAAAUGCUAUCAGUAAAAAUCUUGUUAAAAUGAUGUCUGAAGCAGUUGAAUCUGUGAAAAAGAACAACAAGGUGCGCACUGUGAUCUUAUGCAGCAUGGUGCCUGGAAUAUUCUGUGCAGGUGCUGACUUGAAAGAGAGAGCCAAGAUGGAUCAGCGUGAAGUUGGGCCUUUUGUUUCUAAAGCAAGGGCACUUAUUACAGAACUAGGUAACCUGCCCAUGCCAACUAUAGCAGCUAUUGAUGGAGUAGCACUGGGUGGAGGGCUUGAGAUGGCUCUGGCCUGUGACAUCAGAAUAGCAGGUACCUCUGCUAAAAUGGGUCUGGUUGAAACAAAACUAGCCAUCAUUCCAGGUGCAGGAGGGACACAGCGUCUCCCACGGGCUAUAGGAGUUUCCCUGGCUAAGGAGCUAAUCUUUUCUGCACGUGUGAUGGAUGGCACAGAGGCCAAGACCCUGGGACUUGUCAAUCACACUGUGGAGCAGAACGAAAGUGGCGAUGCAGCCUACCUCAGAGCUCUGGAGCUGGCUCGUGAGUUCAACCCACAGGGACCUAUUGCAAUCAGGAUGGCCAAACUAGCCAUCAACCAGGGCAUAGAGGUGGAUUUAACAACAGGGCUAGCAAUUGAAGAGGCAUGCUAUGCACAGGUAAUCCCAACGAAGGACAGGCUUGAGGGCCUGGCAGCGUUCAAGGAGAAGAGACCCCCUCGCUACAAGGGUGAGUAACCCUGAGGUGCUGUCCCAUGCCACGCUGAACCCCUGCCCUCCAAGUUUCCUUUCACUGCUUCUGAUGGAUCUUGUGACGAGAGCACUAGCCUGCAACGUGCCUGCCCGAGCCAGUUAGCCGCCGCUGACCCCAUCUUGAGCCUUGGGCAGAAAGGCCAACAGCAAGCUUUCUCACAAGGACUUGGCCAGGGCUAGAGGUGAGAGCUGGAGGCCUGUCUGCUCAUGACAUGUCCCUUGCCUGUGGAUCAACCAUUUUGCAUGUUUUGUCUUUCUGUUCUCCUUUGUUUGUUUAAUGUCACAUGUAUAUUUGGACUUUCUUUGUUGCAUUGUUGUGAAUCUAUUCUAUGUAAAAUGUCUUUGAACAUUCAGUUAUCAGGCGUUUCAACAUUCAAACUAACACUACAAAGAAAAUAGGAAAAUCAUAUUACAGAUGCUUAAAUAUUAAUAUAAGAAUAUUAAACCAUACAUAAACAUUACAAUAGUACAAGUGCAUCAAAAAGCAUCUUUGCUUGUCUAGAAUAAAUUAUUAUAAUUAUAUGCUGUUUAGGUUGACUGACACUGUCACCAAUCUCUAGAAGUAUUAUUUUUUUUGUAGAGAGAAAAACUACCCUUUGUUAACUGAUGCAAUAAAACACUAUCCAAAAGUUAA